CUCGCUCGUUCUCUCGCUCGCUGCUGCACAGAGGCGAGUCGAAGCGAGUCGGCGGGAGUGGACGUCGUCAGUCGGCUGCGCGGUUCCGUGGUGUGCCGCGGUGGUUACAUCCUCGUCGCCGCAGAGUGUGCUUUUUUACCUGCCGAUCACGCGCCGUCUGCUACGACAACUGGCCUCCCUCUCUCUCUCUCUCUCUCUCCGGUCGUGUAACGCAAACAUCCGGUCGGUCGGUCUCCACGAAAAUGGCCGCGUGCUGAGAGAAGCUAAUCUCCAGCUCGACGACGAAGAACGUGAUCUCCUCGGCGGCUGCGGCCGAGCUUGCGGUGCUGUUCCCGGAUUCGAGGGUUUAUCUGCCGACGAUGACGUCGGCGCGCGGACGUCUCGGAUAAGGUCCUCCCGGGAGCCGCCAGGAACCGUCGGGGAAGAGCGGGAAGCGAGCCAGAUCGGCCGCGGGCAGGAGCGACUGGACGCCCAUGCCGGUCGACGGCAGGACUCAGCAGGAGGGUCUCAGGAGCGCGAGAGGAAAAACCGCCGGUGAAAAGCGCGGAAGCGCGUGGUGAAGGACCUUUUCGUCCUUUACGAGCGAGCACAAAGGCUACUUACCGCAGAGACGCGCACCCGCGGAAGAAGGGGCAAGAUGUCGCGAGGGAGAGCGGAUCGACCGACGACGUUCGCGUCGUCCUUGGCGCUGCUGCUGCUGCUGAUGACGAUGUCCUGGAGAACAACAAGCGCUCAUGUGGCGCUUACGUUCCCGAAGGCUAGGCAGUAUGACCUGGACUUUCUGGAUAACGCCAGGACUCCGGCACCCUGCGGUAUGCCGCGAGGCAGCGUCAAGACGUCGUUACUGGCAGGAAGCAAUUUCAGCGUCACGUGGCACCUCGCCUAUCCCCAUAGGGGAGGCUACCGGCUUCAAAUCUUGGACAAUCUCGACAGGCCUCUGCUCGAUUUGACGCCCGUCACGCAGAACAGCGAAUUUGUCGAGAAUGACGCUACUGCGCAGAACUACACCGUGCAGCUGCCACCGGAUUUCACCUGUACCGACUGCACCGUCAGACUGCAGCGGGAGGCCGAGGAAUGGGGCUCCAGUUACAGAUUUUGGUCGUGUUCGGACAUCGACGUCCUCGAGAAGAAACUUUACCACGAGGACUGUAGCGGCCACGGACGUUACCUACUGGGCAAGUGCAGGUGCGAUCGUCUCUAUCACGGCGCGAGGUGCGAAUUUAAGGAGGAGUGCCUGGACGACUCGGAUUGCGGUAUUCAGGGCACGUGCAUCGACAACGGCGGCACGACCGCGCCUACCAAGCACUGCUACUGCAACACCGGCUGGUUUGGCCCGGGUUGCGCGAAGAGAUCACCGGUGAAGAGCAUCGACGUGGACAUGGGCGCGUACACGAUGAAGCGUUUCUCUGACGACGUCAUAUUCUACUGGAGGAUCCUGAAAGACAUCAGGGAGCUGGAAGGUGUCCUCAUAGCGAACUCAACUACGUGGAUCGCAAUCGGUUGGCGGCCCAGCGACCUGGGCCCGACUUGCCGAUCCUUUCCGAAGAUCGAGGAUCGCUCGAAGGACGAGCCGCUGCCGCAACCGGAACCGAAACUGGAACCGGUCGCCGAGCCGAGAUCGACAUCCAAGCCGGAGCCUCAUGCGGAACCGAAACCGGAACCGGAGGCUGAGCCCGGCCUGGAAGCCGAGAAAUCAGGGGCGAAGAGGAGAUCGGCCAAAGCGGACUCCACGACGUUCAGUUUAACGUCGCGACCGGACUUCGACGUUACCGUGCAAACCAGCGUGACUUAUCAAGUCAGCACGAAGCAAGGUCGCCGACGAAGAUCCCCAGAACCGACCUCGAUAUCCGCGAACGGGAAACAACCGGUCGUCGAGUCCAGCGUUCACGUCGAGAGUCAAGAGCCGAAAUCCGAGCCAGAACCAAAAUCCGAGCCGGGAGCCAUCUCUGAACCAGAGCCGAGCUCUGAGCCAGAACCAACUUCUGAGCCGGAACCGAGCUCUGAGCCGGAGCCGAGCUCUGAGCCGGAACCGAGCUCUGAGCCGGAACCGACUUCUGAGCCGGAACCGACCUCUGUGCCAAAACCGAGCUCCGAGCCGGAACCGAGCUCCGAACCAGAACCGAGCUCUGAGCCGAAAUCUGAGCCAGAACCAAAAACCGAGCCGGAACCGAGCUCCGAACCGGAACCAAGCUCUGAGCCGGAGCCGAGUUCCGUGCCGGAACCAAAUUCCGAGCCAGAACCCACCUCUGAACCAGAACCAAAGUCCGAGCCUGAACCCACUUCUGAGCCGGAACCGAAAUCCGAGCCUGAGCCCAGCUCUGAGCCAGAACCGAAAUCCGAGCCAGAGCCAAAAUCCGAGAAUCCAGAACCCGGUUCUGUACCGGAACCCAGCUCGGAACCGGAGCCAAGUGUGGGUCCGAAGUCGGGAGCGACGAAAGCAUCGUUACCGGCGCCGGGGCACAGGUACACACCCAAGCACGACUUCAAUCCCAUGGACUGCACGGACAUCAUCAUCGGGAUGGCGCGAGGGACGAGUUACAGGAUCGGCGAUUAUUACACGAGAGACAGGUCGACGCCCCGUAAGGACGAAUACUGGGGCGGAAGGGACAGCCUGACGGCCGCGUACGGUUACGAGCGCGACGGCGUCACGACGAUGCUCUUCCGCAGGAAAUUGGCCGUGAUCGAGCCGACCGAUCACGAGAUCCGCGACAGCAGUAUGCAGGUGAUUUGGGCGAAAGGUCAAGAGCCCGGCAAGUACGUGCAUCAGCCAGCCAGCGGGAUCGAAAAGGCCAAGGUCAGCGUCAAAGACUUCUACAAGGUCGACGAGCUUAAAUAUCACGGGCAUGGAAUGCAGCGGGGCACGGCGACGAUGAAUUUCUUCGACGAAGCUAAGAAGCCGGAAUUCGCCGGAGGUGUAACGCUAAAAGACGGUACCUGUGGCGGUCAAUGGCGUUAUCCGAGAAAUUGCUUGCCGGAGAAUGGCACUUGCGAGUAUGCCAUACAAUGGACGUACAAGGGUAGAAAGGAUCUAAUAACGUUCGUUAUAUCCACGACGAAUACCAACACGUGGACCGGAGUUGGAUUCUCCGACGACGGCAGUAUGUCGCAAACCGACGCCGUGCUCGGCUGGGUCGACAAGAGCAACGGCCGAGCUUUCGUGAUGGACACUUGGAUCAGCGGCUACAAUGCACCAUUGUUGGAUCCCUCGCAGGACGUGUACAAUAUCAGCGGCCAUAUCGUAAACGGCGUGACCACGCUCAGAUUUUCGAGGAAGCGCGUGACGAAGGAUAGCAGGGACCUUUCGUUCACGGAUGAUCACUGCUUGUAUAUGAUGUUCCCGGUAAAGGGCGGCAUAUUCAAUCCGAUCAAUAAGAAGAUCCGAAAGCACGACGCGAAACCGGUUGUCUCGUCCGAUAGAAUAUGUAUCAAGUCCUGCGGCUUGGAAGAAAUCGAAGAACAGACUACGCCCGCACCGCCGAGAUUGCAUUACGAUAUUGAAGUCAAGCUUGUCAAUCUGGGCGACGGUUUUAUGGCUCCCACGCCCGGCAGUCCCGACUUCGAGGUGAUCUCGAACACGAUAUCGGAGAGCUUCGGACCGGUCUUCGAGAAGCUCCCGGGCUAUUAUCAAGUCCGACUUGACGAGCUACGAAGAGACAACGAACAGGGAGUGAUAGCGCACAUGAAUCUGAUUCUCGAUAAGAAUGAGGCCAAGGGGAGAUCCUUGAAGCCCGCGGACACCGGCAUGGAAGCGGAAAAGGCGUUACGUGAGGCACUCGUGACCGGCAAGGUCGGAGUACUCAGCGUCGACCCGCAGUAUUUGGUCGUUAGAGCACCCCGAGUGAACGAAAUAGAAUUGGACGAUGAGUACGACUUACCGCCUUCCUCGCCGGACUUAUUCCCGGGUGCGACGAAGCUCUACAUCGUGGUAGGUUGCGUGGCAGCGUUGUUAGCCCUGGCAUUGCUACAGGCCAGCUGCACCCUCUACAGAAGCUCGAAGAAACGAGCGACUAAGGAACGUUUGAUCGCCAGCAACGCCUGGAAGGAUUACGCGUCGGGUGCGAACACGAACUUCGCGUUCGAGGCGUUCGAGACGGAGGAGAAGGCGCCGCCGCCGCCGGUCUCCAGCUUGCCGCGACCCAGGGAGCUGGCCGGCAACGGCACCACCGGCAUGAAUGGCACCGAUGCCGUCGAAGGGCCCAACAGGAUAGUCGGUCCCAGGGCGACCUACAGUCUGCCCCGCGCGCCCGGCUCCAGGCACUCCGCGCCGAUCCAGCCUGCUGGCUACUACACUCAGGAUCGCAGGGAUCACUAUCAGCGCGCCAAGAGUCUGCACAAUCCGACGGGCGCUGCUGCACAGGCGAACCAACCGGACUUCUACUUCAUGCCGAGCCAGCGGAAGUACAGCGGCGAGGUCGUGCGCGUUUACGUGGACUACGGCAGCCAGGUGCCGAAGUAAAAUCCGAGGAGGAGAAGAGCGUCCCGAUCCAGCGAAUCCUUCCUCUCGAUGGUAUCGUGAGAGAGAAAGAAAGAGAGGAGAGAAACGAUUCAUCUUGCCCGCUUCCACCGAGAGACGGACGACCUGUACAUACCUCGUCAGUGACGAAGGACGAGCGAGGGAAAGAGAAUUCGCGGUCCCUGCGCGGUGCUAUUAUCUCUACUUCUUCCCCCUUUCCCCACGUGACUUCUCUCUCCUCCCGGCGGAGAGAGCCAGUCGGUCGGCUCUUGUCGAGCCACCGAGAGGGAGGUCUCCGUGUACGGAAGCGUACGAGUGGCGCUUACGACCAAAGAAGCUUAUCCAUAGGACGCGCGCGCGGUUCUGUACAGAGUGCGCGAACUCCGCUCCGUCGGACUUUCGUGCUUUUCGUGGUGGAACUGAUCGCGUGAUUAUCGUUAGUCAUCACGAUCCAAGGAUCCUCGAGACUGUAUCUAGCGGCUUGGAUACUUCCGUGGGUUCUCGAGGGUCCACGAGAGAGGCGACGGGCCUCAAUAUUGGAUCUCGAGAAGCCGUGGUGGCGGCUUCGAGGACCUUGGAACAUGAAGAUCCAGCGGCCCCAGCGGAAACCCGAGGAUUCCACGACGGGAAGAUUCGCGUACCUGAAGUUACGUCGCUCGGCGAAUACACGCGCGCAUCUAUCCGAGUACCGACACGCCCAACAAGCAAGCAAGUGCAUCUACUUAAGAGCGAGCAUGGACGUUUGAGCAAUAAAACAUUUGUACAUUUUUCCUCGACAGA